GUGAUUCAAGGAAUUUUUCCUGUCUUCUUUGAUUUGAUGACUCCCGGAUUUAGGCAUAAUGGAUCCAUUGUGACCACUUGCUCCGUGUUCCCAAUGUCCUGUCUCCGUCUCCUACACUGUUCUUCGUCUUCUUGUGCCUUUUAGUCGCCUUCUUAUAUGUAUUGAUGGACUGUAGAAUAAUCCUACGUUGUUUUAUUUUUCCCCCCCAUGCUUCUCGAGCAGGAUGCCAAUAUUGUCGACUGGAACGCGGAAAACGAUGCUGCUAACCCUCACAACUGGCCAGGCCACAAGAGGUGGGCACAUGUUAUUCUGGUUGCGGUACUUGCUCUGGUCUCGAACAUGGCCCCAGCCAUGUGCGCGCCCGGCAUCCAUGGUCUCAUGGUUGAUUUCAACAUCAGCUCUCAAGCGGUCAGCACGCUUGCCAUCACGCUCUAUGUUCUGGGUAUAGCAAUCGGGCCCAUGUUCAUGUCCCCGCUCAGCGAGGUGUAUGGUCGCUUGCCAGUGUACCACAUGGCCAAUCUAGCCUUUGUAGCUUUUAUGGUUGGCAGCGCGAUGAGCAAGAAUAUUGGCCAGUUCAUGGUCUUCCGCUUCAUCUCGGGCUGUGCGGGAGGCACGCCCAUAGCACUUGGCGGCGGCACCAUUGCAGAUGUCACUCCCAUAGAGAAACGAGGAGUUGCAAUGGCUUUAUUCAGUCUGGGACCGUUGGCCGGGCCGGUUCUCGGCCCGGUCAUUGGUGGGUUUGUAGCAGCUGGCAAGGGCUGGCGUUGGACUUUCUGGCUACUGGCAAUCCUUGGCGGUGCCAUUGGAAUCGCCAUGCUUAUUGUGAUGCGUGAAACACAGCCCAAGGUUCUCCUCGAGCGCAAAGCAGCCCGCCUUCGCGCCUCCACCUGCAACACGCAUCUCCGCUCCAUGCUGGCCCGUUCAUUGACGCCCCGCCAAGUCCUCGUCCAGGCGCUCGGCCGCCCUGUCAAGCUUCUUCUCCGUUCGCCUGUCUUGCUGGUCAUAUCCCUCUACCUCGCCCUAGUUUUUGGUCUCAUGUACCUCUUAUUUACCACCUUUACGGACGUGUUUGAAGGCCAGUAUGGUUUUCGGACUUCCAUAUCGGGGCUGGUAUACUUGGGCCUGGGAUUCGCCUUGGUCACGAGUAUGGUUCUUUUCACCGUCCUGAACGAUCGUGUAUGGAGGGCGUGGAUGAAGGCCGAAGGUGUACAGCGGCCACGGCCUGAGCAUCGUUUAGUAUUGAUGAUCUGUUUCAGCCCCUUUGCGGGUGUAGGCCUGUUCAUUUAUGGGUGGACGGCUUACUACAAAGUGCAUUGGAUUGUGCCAAUUAUUGGCACCGUUUUUAUCGGAUUUGGCGCCUUUUUUGUCAUUAUGCCUGCACAGCUCUACCUAGUCGAUCUGUUUGGCUCCGAGGCAGCAGCUUCCGCCCUGGGCGCGAAUAAUCUCCUACGCUACCUAUCUAGUACCUUUCUGCCGCUGGCUGGGCCGGGCAUGUACAGGGCGUUGAAUUACGGUUGGGGUAAUACGUUGCUUGGCUUUCUUGCGUUGGGGUUUGUCCCAGCUCCGGUGCUGUUAUACAAGUAUGGCGAGUGGCUUCGUGCCAGGGAUGCUGUCAAGUUUUAAUCAAUUAGCUAUAUUUACAUUACUCUUUCUCUGUAUGGUGCGAAGAAAAUAUAUUGGUCCCGACCCAGCAUCUGCCUUUUUGCUUAUUUGUACUCACGUACUAUGAUUUCAACUCCG